AUCGUGCUCUUGGCUGUCAUGGCCGUUGCCUCAGCUGACCCUGUCACAUCCUAUCAUGCUCCAGCUCCAUCCUACCAUGCUCCUGCUCCCGCAGGACCAGCUCAGUACAACUUCAACUAUGCCGUGAAGGACGACUACUCAGGAAACGACUUCGGACACGAGGAAGGUCGCAAUGGAUACGACACCCAAGGCAGCUAUUACGUGCAGCUCCCCGACGGUCGACUCCAAAAAGUGGAUUAUGUCGUGAAGGGCGACUCCGGUUACUUGGCUCAAGUUAACUACCAGGGCGAGGCUCAGUAUGCUAAGUAUCAGCCUUCUCAGGCAUACCAACCUGCACCCAAAGUAGGAUACGCUUAAUGUAUCUCGCUACGAUUUUUUUGCUGAGAUGGAUUCUCCCAACUGAGUUGUAUUCUUGUUUAUUAUUUAUCAUGUAUUUACCCUAUUUCUAAAUAAAACC